AGGGCAGAGCGGCAGACCUUGUGGAAGUGUCCAUGCCAUCUGUGUCUGCCGCUGCUUUCCCCAUACGGCUGCUGGCCUCGGAUGGGGGGACACACCAGCCUAGGAACCGGAAACGGCCCGCUUCUGCAUGCUUAAAAAUGGACUGUCCAGGUUUGCUGUCCAUGGUGCUGAAAAACCCCAACCCAAUAGCAAACAGGUAUGACUUAGUUCCUGUUCUGCCCUUUUAUUGGUUUUGAGAUAGUGUGCAAACAGGUGUGAUGUUUACUUUGACGUCUAUCUGUCUAUCUGUCUAUCUAUCUAUCUAUCUAUCUAUCUAUCUAUCUAUCUAUCUAUCUAUCUAUCUAUCUAUCUAUCUAUCUAUCUACGUUGACUGUUGAUGUUAGUACUGCAGUGUUUUGGGCUCACAUGGGUGGGGGUUAACUUUCAAUUGCAAUAUACUGCUAUACCAGAGGCUGAAGUGAAAAUUCUGUCAAACGUUGCAAAAACAUCGCGAGCGUCUUGAACGCAGCCUGCUCGGAGUACUACAGUAACACUAACUACAGUUACUUUCAUUUUUUCAUCCUCCUCUCCUCUCGCGAUAGAGCGGCGGAGUGGUUUGACGGGCAGUCGAGGUUGCAGCAGGCAGAGGGAGACGGUGGAAGGUAAAGCAGGGAGGCAGUAUCAUGGCGGACAGAGACAGUGGCAGUGACCACGGAGGGCCCACCGCAGGCCCCGGCUCGCUGCCCCCGGGUGCGAUGGGGGCCAUGUCCCGGCUGCAGCAUGACACCGAAGAGCUCGCUUCCAAGCGCGUCGACAUCCAGAACAAGCGCUUCUACCUUGACGUGAAGCAGAAUGUUAAAGGCCGCUUCCUAAAGAUAGCCGAGGUCGGGGCUGGGGGAAACAAGAGCCGCCUCACUCUCUCCAUGUCGGUUGCCGUGGAGUUCCGCGAUUAUCUCGGGGACUUUAUCGAACAUUACGCCCAGCUGGGCCCGACCAACCCGGACAUGGUGCAGGAUGAGCCCCGGCGGGCGCUCAAGAGCGAAUUCUUGGUUCGGGAGAAUCGGAAAUAUUACAUGGAUCUGAAAGAGAACCAGAGGGGGCGGUUCCUGAGGAUCCGACAGACCGUUAAUCGGGGGCCCGGAUUGGGAAGCGCGCAAGGCCAGACCAUCGCUCUGCCGGCGCAGGGUCUCAUCGAGUUCCGCGACGCUUUGGCCAAACUCAUCGACGACUACGGUGUGGAUGAGGAGCCGGCGGAGCUCCCGGAGGGCACCUCGCUCACGGUCGACAACAAGCGUUUCUUCUUUGACGUGGGCUCCAAUAAGUACGGGGUCUUCAUGCGGGUCAGCGAGGUGAAGCCCACGUACCGGAACUCCAUUACGGUUCCGUGCAAAGUGUGGUCCAAAUUCGGCAACACCUUCUGUAAAUACGCGGAGGAGAUGAGGAAGAUCCAGGAGAGGAGUAGAGAGAAACGGGCCUCCGAACUGCUACCUGAGGGCCCGCACGGCGGAGAUGACGGCGACGAUGACUGACGCGGAUUUUGGGAGAGCAUAAAUGAAACAACUGAACUAUGAGAGAAAACGAGACUUUUAACUGUAAAAUAGAAAGAGAAUUUCCAAGGGAAUCACCCCACACACACAACCUCCACAGACAUGGCAGCACCUCUGCUGUCUCCUCGCUCAUUUUACUGGAUGUCACCCCACUUACCACCAUUGUAACAGUAAGCCGCUGCUAUCAAGGAUUGAACUGUAAGAUAUGAACUGUUUCCUACUUGAUUUAAAUGACAAUGAACAGAGUGUUUAUAUCUCUAUCAACGAAAGAUUUUGCACACAUCAAAGCUAUUUCGAAAAAAAAUGUUUAAAUGUUUUCAAACUGGUAAUAUACUAAAAUUUAAUCAAAAAUAAAACCAGAGGUCUAUUAUAUUAAAUGACAGUCUUCAUGUAGAACGAAUAUUUGACAUCAGCACAAAGAGAAUAUAUUAUGGACUUUAUGAAACCAAAAUCUGAUACCAGAUGUAUAGUUUAUUAUAAAGGUACGCAGAAUAAAUAUGAAAGCGCUCUCAAAGUGUAUGAAUUGCAGAACGCGGCACUACAGGCCUGUAAACACCUGUCAGCAUGCGUGUAGGCUCAUGUUUUGAAAAGAAAUUUGGCAAAGUAGGCUAUAGUCUUUAAUUUGACCUAAAACGUAAUAGGCUAAUGAAAGCAUUUCUAUCAUGCCAUUAUGGAAAGGUUGAGACUCAAAAAUAAAUAGCCUAUUUUGUGCGCCUCAAACAAAUGGGAUAAAUCUAUCUCUGAGCUACUAUAUUGAAUAUCAACCCUCUUGCACCAUGUCCAUAUAAACUUAAAGGAAAAAAAAGUGCUAACUUAGAUGUACUAAUUAUGAUUUUGUGAAUCAGCUGUAAAAAAAAAAAUCCUUAUUAAGAUACCCACGUUUUCUGUGGGUAAAGUUUUUUCUUUGUUACUUUGUUGUUUUUUCCUCUGGGGGGGUGGGGGAUGCAAAAGGAUAAGGCUCACCUGUGGGCUUGCAAGGCGCGGAAACAAAAAAAAAACAACAAAAAAAUAAAACAACAAAAAAAGACGCGUCAGCGCAGCGCGCGGCGAGGCAACGCAUCCUCUCUGACGUCAUUACGACCCGUGCCUUAUACACUCCACUCGUUUACGUGUCCUCACGUGGAUGGUCUGUGACCUCGACCGCUGUACGUUUUCAUUUACGAGUGCUGUUAUGUAGGCAGAAAUAUACUCACCAGAGCUGCAGGAUUUACACCCCUGCAGUGCAUGGAGCAUGGGUGGCAACACCAAAAGUAAGCUGAAAGGCCACUGGGAGCCUGGGGGCCAACAGUGGUAGUGGGCAGAAACAUAGCUCCAAGUUGGAGCUGGCCCUUCAGAGAGAUGAGGUGCUGCCGUAUGUACACUUUGGAAACAGGUGGGGGCCUCAGUGUGUUAUGGCACCCUGGAGCCUAGAAUCCCUAGGAGCACACCUGGCUGGGUGGCCUCUCACAGAGUAGAGAUGUGUCUCCCUGGAUCAGGAAGCGACCUAGGAUGUACCGCCUGUGGCAGCACUUGGUGUCAGCAUGGAGAUUCAUCUGGAGAUGUUAUGGGUGGAUUUGCACACCAUAUGCACCAUGAUGUUAAAAAAAACAGCGACAACAAAAAACAAAAUCAGGAGCGGCUGGAUGAGGCUUUUCGUCAGAGCUGAGAUGGAUGCUGUUAAAGAGCCAGGCAGUCAGCCAGCCAGGCAGGCCAGCCGGCCGGUCCCAUGCAGUCAGUCUGAGUGCAGUCCAGUGGAUGUAGAGGCCUAUCAGUGCAGGGCCGAGGCAGUAUCUAUCUCUUUAUGGUGCUACAGCCCCUUGAUCGCUCCUUGGGGGCCUCGCCGCUCAGAAUAUGUCACUUUUGCAUUAUUGUUAUUCUGAUGCUUUUUUUUUUUCGUCAGUUUUUUUCUCCACAUUAUGUUGUCCAAAACGUGUCAGGUUUCUCGCUCCCAGGCAGAGAGGAAGCCACUGACUAGUGUAGGACAUUUCAUCUUAGUGUGCAAUAUUGUGUACGUGCCAAUCGUGGCAUUGUAUCACGUGUAUAGACUAUAAAAAGACGAAAAAAUGUAUAGGCUAUGUGAUCAGUAGAUAUUUGAAAGCAUGACGAUGAGGUUGAUGCAUCUGCAUUAUAUUUCCGAAAUGUGAAGUCUUUCUUCUCAAGCACUUGCUCAAAGUGAAAAAAAAAAAAGUCACACCAGUAGUGAGGUAUUUUUCCUGUCACGUUCUGUAAACCAGUAGGCUGCCUUGUCUGUCUCUCAGUGCGCAUAGACUAGUUCGGGUGUUUUACGUCCCCCUAUGGAGUCACCCCAGAGAAAACCCUUUCCCCCCUCCUUCCUCCCCCAGCACACACAUGCAACACAGACAGUCAGCAACCUUUAACUGUCUCCGUGUCGGCCCCUCUGCACUGGCCUACACUGAAGUUGAAUAGUAUCUUGGGGCUUCGGUCCAGGGGUGUCUGACACACACACACACACACACACACACACACACACACACACACACACACACACACACACACACACACACACACACACACACACACACACACACACAGUCUCCCCCUGUUGAGGCCUCUUGUUGCUAUCUGAGUGUUUGGGAGGCCUCUAAAGUAUUUUGAAUGGUGUCUAGAACUGCACAAGGCCUCCUGUCAUUAGAAGCCAGGAAACAGUUUUUUUGGAGCCGUAGUGCGACCCCUUCUCUCGCCUGGGACUGCUGAUGGCAGGACAGGUGAGCUACGAUUUGACUUUGGCUUGUCUAUGGUUUCACUUGAGCUAGGUGAUAAUGAUCAGCCGCAGCAGACCCAAAGGACAGAGGAGUUUGUUGUUGUUUUUACAAUGAGGAUUAGAAUCCCUCUCUCUGGAUUCAGUGUGUAAGAAAGGCCCUGGCUCACUGUCCUCGGAGCAGAACUAGUCCGAAUGCCUCUUUCAGACACACAGUCCAUUCCUUCUUUUUGACCUGAUUGACCUCUAGGCUUACACUGAAGCAUUAGUUAACAAUCAAUAUGCUUCAAGUGGUUAGUUCACCUAUCAGCUUUAUUUAAAGCAGGUUGGCCUAAGACAGCUAAUAUGACUGAGCCUGGUCAGAGGCCCAGUCAGUGUGGCGUGCCACCUAGCUGGCAUGAAGGGAAACACAGACUGCAUGGAUUGCAGCUUUAGAGGCCUCAGCUGGAUAAAAGCUGUUAAUGUGGUUAUAGCCUGGGUCUCGCAGACAUUUAGGAUAACUGAGGCUAGGCUAAAACAGAAUUCCCCAAAGCACAUCUGGGCUGAAAAGGUAUCAGAAGUCUUAUGAAUUCUUGCUUUAAAAAGUUUAUCUGUGUUUGAUUGGUUAUGCCCGUGGAAACAGAGCCAAGAAAAAUGUUCCAGAAAAUCCCAUCUGCUCUACGCAGGACUUUUUAGCACAGGUUUGUCUCUGAGUGUUGGUGAAAGGCCUGAUGAAGCCUGGCACUGCACUGUAGGGGCUUACCAGCAGCGUUCUACCACGACCUACUGACCCGGCUGUCAGACAGAUCCAGUUAGGACUUUUCUCUCAGUUUUGGAGAAGAACAGGAAAUCUCUUUCCCCUCUUGCAGAUGAUUAUAUUUCCUCACACUGGGCUGUGAAUUAUAAAAAGUCAAUUUCCAUUAAACACACGUACAAGCCACCUAUGACUAUGUGCCUGGCAAAGCACAUCUGAGGUCAAUCUGAGUUCAUCCUGAGUUCAGCAUGAGAAUGGACUCUGUUGUGGUACAGCAAUUAUUCCCCAAACUGUUCUAGCUUUAGCUUAAUUUAAUUUUAGGCCUCCAGGAGGCUCAUGCUACAUGAAGACUGGAAAUACAACACUUCCUUUCUCUCUUUCUUUUUCUCUAAUGGCCAAAUAUAACGAGAGCCUGAACCUGCUCAUACAGUUCACUUUGUGAUUGCCUCACUCCGUGAAACGCACAUUUUUUUUUUUUUUAAAGAGUUAAAGACGUGUGAUCUUGUUUUGUUACAGACUGUAAUCGCCAGGUGCUACUGGGUCAGUUGUGUUUUCACUGCAGAAUUACUCUGUUGUGAAACAUGACACGUCCAUUUUGGGUCGUAGCUCUGUCUGAGUUACGGAGGAGGAGGGCACUUGUGGUUUUGCCGAAAAUAGUGUAAUCAAAUCUGAUUUCUCAGUUUAUGAGAGCUCACCCAGUGUCACAGCAAAACCUGGAGUGACCUUGCAGCCAUGUUGUGCCCACAUUACACGGUCAUCCAUUCCUGGGACUCAAAUGCAAAAUGGUAGGAAGAUGUUGUUCGUCUUGCUUUCUGUAUGAAGCGUCAGUGGUCUAGCUGUGUGCUGUCCUCAGUGGCUCUGGCUAAGUUCAGUGCACAGGGGUGAUUGUGCACUGAGGCUGUUAGCACUGACAAGAGUGAUGUUUUGAUUUCAUAUACAGUGGUAGCCAUCAUAGCAGUCCUAACUCAUGAUGUUAUCCUAGACCUUUGUCUGUUAUUACUGCAGUGUUAAUUUUGUCAAAUCUUAUUUAAAUUUUUGUUGCUCAAACAACCUGUUGCUCAAGGUGACCGGACCAUUCCUUGCAAAUUCUCAAAUGAUGGAAAUAGAAGAGAAAUGAAAUUGUAGACUAGCUACUAGCUUCUUGUUGUAUGUACUAAAAGUCGGAUUGCUAUGAUGGCUCCAGCUGUAGGUGUUUUGUGUACUUGUUCCUCCCAUCUUCAACAGGGAGGUUGUUCAUGUUUCUGACUGCAUUGAAACAGCCACAUGUACACGACUUCUAACAGCAAUCUUCCACAAACAAAAUGAGGGUGGUGGCGACCUGCCUCUACCAAACUGUACAAGUAGUGAAGGAAAACAGACUAAACUUCCAUUAAGGUGUUCCAGACAACCAAAUCUGCUCCGUUUCUGGUUUCAGUGUUGUAGUCUUUCAUUGGCCAUUCAGAGUUCCUGGUUAAUCACACAGCCAAUCGCAGCCUCUGGUCAAAGCCAAGCACUAUAUGACUCAUCACAAACCACUGACAGAGGAGCUCAUUCAGCACGUCUUCUGUUUGCACACACACCGAGUAGUAGGGUCCAUCAUGUUUGCAGACUGUAUAGGCUACUGUUGUGUAUACUUAUAAAGACGUUCUUUCAAAUGUUUUGAAGAUGUUGGGAAAUGGAUCCUGGAUUUUAAGGGGUGGGGUCAAUGCACAAUGAACAUAUCCCAUGUCACAGUUUGGUCUAAAUCCCUUUACCAUCCCCAUAUGAGAUAAUAUGUUGUAUCUUUCAAAAACUAUUUUAUCUGUGGCGUGUGUGUGUGUAUAUAUAUAUAUAUAUAUGGUUUGUUAUAUAUGAUGCUCCUCCUUUCAGAAAAAUAUAACAUGUAAACAGGAAAAACAUAUUGCUGUUUUUUUUCCUUUGUAUUUUAUACUUACAGAAAGCAUUGAAUAAAAUGGAUAAAUACUUGCACUUUAGAUAUAUUAAGAAAAAUAAAAAUCUGCAUAUUAUUUUUGAUAGGGAUCUCACAUUCAAAGAGUAUAAAUUACAGGCUUUGUGACUAUUGCUGGACAGAGAUGUAUUGAGUUCUACUUAUUGAAGUAUAUUUUGUGUGUGUGUCAGAAGGUUUACUAAAGUAAAUUGCAUGAUAAAGUAGUGCUACACCGAUAUUGUUCUUUUUUUUAGUUGGUAAAAAUGUCUGAAAACUGUGAUAACAACCCUCUUGUAUCAUGUUUAACCUCUCCUCACCCCUUCUAGAAUAUUUCUUACUGAAAUAUGGCCUUUCCAGACUACAUGACGAUGGUGCUUACUUUGGCUUUGACAUCAAGCUCAUCCUAUACAUCUCAACAUCAUCAUAACUCGCGUCCUUACACUUCAUUACUUUCUGUUAUGUACUCUCACUACCUUAUUAAAUUUCCGUUGAUGGCAAAAAAAAGGUGUGCUGUUUUGUACAUUGCUGUUUGUUUUAAUGUUGGGGGAGCCUUGUUGUCUGAAAAAUGACUAAUCGCGCAAUAAAAAGUCAUUCCACAUG